AAUCGGUCAGUCGACAAAAACCUGGUUUCUGUUGCAUGGUAGACUCACACACCGUCCGUCUCUCAGUUGAAUGCAUUUAAUCGCCAUCACUCUCUGUCCGUCAGCGCCUCCUGUUCGGCAACACGCCGACGCUGACCUGACGAUACCACCCACUCAUUUCGUUUGGGCACAUCAACACGACACGCCCUCUCUCAGUGCAGAGCAGCAUCAUCCAUCUCAUCUGUAUGUACGCAGUCGGUCUCAAUGCCGUGACGUCACACACAGCCAUCCACUCGCCCACUCAGACAGACAGAGGCACAUACCAUACACACGAACGAACAAGUGAGAGAGUAUACGGACGACAAAAAACGCAUAGACCAAAGAAAGAAAGAAGACGCGUGCACACCACACAUACGACUAGAUGAGAUGAGAUGACGGUAGGUACUCACAUGACAUCCACGAGCGACACUGACACGGACGACAGCUCCCCUGACGCUGCCGCUACCCUGCCCAUUUCCACGUCUUUCGGGGGCGGCUGAAAGUGCUGCUGGUGGUGGUGUUGGUGCGUCUGGACGCUUUUCUCUUUCCUCCACGCGCCGAGCAUGAGCAUACACAGGUGCAUGACGCCGUGGUAGCAGCCGCGAGUCAGGUGAUACAGACAUACAGACGCCUGAAAUAUAUUACCACACACAUGACACACAUGUGACACAGCGGCCAGAAGUGUGUCCCGUACCUGGUAUAGGAAGAAGAACACUGGUGCGAUAAGGCAUAUUAUCACAUAGCCCCCUGCACACACACACAUUCAUCCAUCCAUCCAUCCAUGUGAUCACCCACACCCCCUUCCCCUUCCUCUCUCUCUCCUUACAGAAGGUGAACAGCCCGGCCGCCACGAGUGAGAAGGGCGUGUGGUAGAGCUUCCGCCGGGUGAGGGGCGUCACCGCACGGCAGCAGCCAUAGAUCGUCAGGGCCACCAGCGGCAGAGAAACCAUUGUCAACGCCAGGGCAGCCGGGCCCAGCACCAGCAGCUGCACACAGAUACAUACAUACCCACACAAAAGAUGCACGGGGCAGUCAGGCAGGCAGGCGUGUAUGUGUGUGCUGUGUGGUGUGGUGUGGAGGGCUGACCAUGAGAAGGAAUCCGCCCCGGUAGAAGAGGGCCUGGAGAGGGCUCCACGGCUCGUCACGGUCGGCCAUCUGGCGGGUGGGACAGCCCAGCACGUUCCACCUGGCGGAUUGGAUUGAUGACAGACAGACAGACAGACACCCACACCACAGACAGACAGACAGACAGACAGAGAGGGAUUGUGUGCACACGGCACAUAGGUGGAUGGAUGCCCUGUGUGGCCGCCCAUGUGUGUGCCCACCCACCAUGCAUAGUGGAAGGGGAACUGCCCUUCGCCCACUUUCCGGCCACAGAUCCAACAGAAGCUCACGCCACAGCUGGCAACAAACAAUGAAUGCACAAGCCCAUCUGUCUGUGCGGGUGCGUGUUGUGUGUGUGCGUCUAGUCUACUUGGUGCAGAUCAUGUGGUUGCAUCCGCCGGCCUUCUCCACUGGCUGCGAGCACCCCGGGCAGGGCUUGCAGGUCGUUGCGAUCACCGUCCGAUUGGCGCGCUCCUCGUGACGGUGCAGCCGCUCGUGCGCCGCACACGUCAUACCUGCAGCAGACACACACGUGCAAAGGUGGCUGGAUGGCCAAUGACGCGCAGCACACACUGGGUUGGGUACCCUACCUGGGUGAGCGUCAGCGUGGAAGUAGCAGAACCGGUAGCCGCACUUGUCACACGUCAUGUCGGCCUGCCGGCCGCCCGACAGCCGCCAGCCGCCGCCCGAGCUCGACACCAGAUGGUCGCACUUCGGGCAUGACCUGCACGCCCACACAGACAGACAGACAGGCAGCCACACAUCCGUCCAUCCGUCCAUCCGUCCAUCCAGCCAGCCACGUGUCACCGACCUGCAUGUGGGUUCCUCUCGGAUCCGUUUGUAUCUGCGGUACUUUUGCACGACGGUGUGGUCCAGGAGCGGCACGAACUCGCUCUCGUCGAGCCGGCUGUUGCACAGACGGACAGGUGCGGGGGCGGAGGGGGGGUCGGGCGGAAUGACGUGAAAACAGUGGAACGAUAUCUGCACACAACGAUCCGCACACGCGGGCAGACAGACACAAUGGAUGGAUGCGGCUCGUCGGUUGUGCGAGUGCGUGUGUCUGUCUGACCUGUCCUUCAGCGAUGCGGCUGGAGAUGUAGUCCUUGAAGCAGCAGACGCAGCACUGGUGGCCGCACUGCAGGGUGUGUGCGCAGUUGGUGUCCUGGUAGGCCAUGCAGAUGGGGCAGUAGAAGGUCCGCUCCGUGCACACCAGCACCUCCGAGUGACGCACGCCGUCCAGCGCGUCCACCCAGAUCUGAGGCAGCUCCGUCACUGUCACCAUCACACACACCGCACAUACAUGAAUGGAUCCACUGCCCGUGCAUGGAAAUAUGCCCUUCUCACCUUUCGGCCAUCGUGGUCGCAACCCAACUGUCCUCCUUCCGCAAAGCGUCCUGACAAGAAACACACACACAAACACACACACACACUCAUCCACACUGGCCAUCCCUCAUACACUGCACAGCCUCUCACCUGGUGUUGGGGCAUGACUCCGACCUUUUGACGGCCUCAACGCAGCUCCUCUCCGCCUCCCUCUGCGCCCUCGCCGCCGCCCCGAUCGCCCCGUCCUCACUCACCGUCUCACUCUCGGGCGGGGUCGGCUCAUCCACACCAUCGUCCUCAUCAGAACAACAGAUGGCUGCUCGUCCCAGGACAGUCGGGGUAUCGGCGACGGUCGUGGGCGUGUCAUUGUCGUGCCCGUCGGAGGGCAGGGCGGCGUUCGACAGGCCGGUGAGAUCUCUCAGCAUUGGGCCGAUUCAUGCUCGAGGCAUCGAAUUGUUGCGAUACGCUAGGCUGGCAAGUGCGAUGAACGAUGCGAUAGCGGGAUUCCGAUGCGAUUCGUUUUUCUCUCAGCGAGUG